AUGGCGAAGGGAGGAUUACUUUUUCUUCUCUAUUCUUUAUUGCUUUCGACUCUUGUUCUCAACUGCCAAUGCCAAGAAAGAAAGCUUCACAUUGUCUACAUGGGAAAUAAGCCUGAAGGAGAUGCAUCAGUUGCAUCAGCACAUCAUUCCAUGCUGCAUAAAGUACUUGGAAGCCCUUCUUCUGCCAAAGAAUCAUUAGUUCACAGUUAUGGGAGAAGUUUUAACGGAUUUGCAGCCAAGCUGACUAAAGAGGAAGCCACAAAGAUUUCAGGAAUGCAAGGAGUUGUAUCUGUAAUCCCAAGCCGACAUUACAAACUUCACACAACAAGGUCUUGGGAUUUCUUGAAUCUUACCGUAAACAAAGUUGGAGCUCCUCAAGAAUCAGAUGUCAUUAUUGGACUCUUAGACACUGGAAUCUGGCCAGAGCACCCUAGCUUCAACGACUCAGGUUAUGGCCCUCCACCGGCUAAAUGGAAGGGGACUUGCAAUUCAAAUAUCACCUGCAACAACAAGAUCAUUGGAGCACAGUACUACAACAGCGAUGGUGAGUAUUACGAUACAGAUAUCCCUUCUCCAAGAGACUCAGAAGGACAUGGUACGCAUACUUCCUCGACUGCUGGAGGGAACGAAGUGUCAGACGCGAGCUAUUUUGGUCUAGCAGAGGGUCUAGCAAGAGGUGCUGUUCCAAGUGCAAGAAUUGCGGUGUACAAGGUUUGCUGGUCAUUUGGAUGCGGUCUCGCAGACAUCCUUAAAGCCUUCGAUGAUGCAAUUGCAGAUGGGGUUGAUAUUAUAUCAGUUUCCUUGGGAGGUGGACCAGAGGAUUAUUUUGACGAUCCUAUCGCUAUCGGAUCUUUCCAUGCCAUGAGAAAUGGAAUUUUAACAUCCAAUUCAGCUGGAAAUUCUGGUCCUUUUCCCGUAACAGCUUCCAAUGUUGCACCGUGGACCCUAACAGUUGCUGCUAGCACCAUUGACAGAAAAUUCGUGGCCAGAUUGCAACUCGGAAAUGGGAUAAUCCUGACAGGCAUCUGCAUUAAUAACUUCGAUCUCAACGGGACUUCAUAUCCCUUAAUCUGGGGAGGAUCGGCUCCAAAUUAUACCAUCGGCUCUAGUCCCGAUAUUUCUAGAUUUUGCCUUCCUGAUGCCAUGAAUAAUGACAUAGUGGCUGGAAAAAUUGUAUUCUGUGAACUACUCUCGGAUGGCUCUGGCAUUCUAUUGGCUAAUGGCGUUGGCACGAUUAUGGCAGAUCCAUUUGUCGUGGAUCCUGACUUCGCCUUCAAUUUUCCAUUACCAGCAACCUUGAUAACACCAGAAGAUGGCCAUAAAGUUUUGGAUUACAUAAGAUCCACAGACAACCCGACUGCAACCAUUUUUGUCAGUGAUGCCUGGAAAGAUGCCAUGGCUCCUAUAGUCGUCUCGUUUUCUUCCAGAGGACCGAAUCCUAUCACCCCAGACGUUCUUAAGCCCGAUAUCACCGCCCCUGGUGUGGAUAUUCUUGCUGGCUGGUCCCCAAUAGCGCCGCCUUCAGGCUACUAUGACGACAAGAGGAGCACACUCUUCAAUAUCAUUUCAGGGACAUCCAUGUCUUGUCCUCAUGCCAGUGGCGCUGCUGCUUACGUAAAAGCCGUCCACCCGAAUUGGUCUCCGGCUGCUAUUAAGUCUGCCCUUAUGACAACAGCAUCCAUUAUGGAUACAAGGAAACACCCGGAUCUUGAAUUCGCUUAUGGAUCCGGGCAAAUCAACCCAGUAGCUGCAAGGGACCCUGGACUAAUUUUUGAUAUUUCUGAGGCAGAUUACAUUAAUUUCCUCUGCAAGCAGGGCUAUAACACUUCGACUCUGAGGCUAGUCACUGGAGAUAACAGCACCUGUACCAGUAUAACCCCUGGUCGAGCAUGGGACCUAAAUUACCCUUCAUUCUCGUUAUAUGUUUUAGAUGGCCAGAAGAUCUCAGCCACGUUCACUAGAGAAGUGACGAAUGUGGGUGCAGCAAACUCGACUUACACAGCUAGCAUUUUCAUGCCUACAGCGAUUAGUGUUACAGUCGACCCAUCUGUCCUCACAUUCUCAUCUGUUGGACAGACGCUCUCGUUCUCAGUGAAGGUCGAUGGACCUGCAAUUUCCCAGCAGCCAAUCAUGUCAGGAGCCAUCACAUGGACUGAUGGAAUCCAUGCGGUCAGGACUCCUCUCGCGGUCUACAACUAUAUCCCUGGUGCUCCUUACAAUCUUGAGUCGGAAACUUCCUCUUACACACCAACGAAGAGAACUGCUUUCAAGAGUUCUUCCAUAUAUCGCAAAGACGGAAUCAUGGGACAUCUCAAAACACGUCCAUGA